AUGUCUACGUACGGUCGACACCCCGCACCCGCGCCCUCGGCCUUCGCCCAUCCCCACCCAUCCGCCGGCUCGCCCUUUCCCCCUACCACACCAGCAUCUACCACCCUCUUUCGCAGGCUAACAUGGGAGGGGACCGUGCCCCUCGAGAUUCGCGUAGAUCCGCACGAGCUUCCUGCUGGCGCGGACCGAGGGCUCGACUGCUACUACGUUCAGGCGCCCCGAGUCUGGUAUCUCCCGCUUGUGAUGGGCGAGGUCAAGAAGUUCCUGACGGAUAUCGUAUUUGACGAGAGCAAUAAGGGGGUCCUCGGAGACGGUGAGGAAUGGUGGUUUGAAGGUGAGGAAGGAGGCGUGAUGAAGUGGCACUGGCCCAUAGGUCUGCUAUACGACGUGCACAACAUCGCGACUACCCUACGGCCUUCUUCGCAAGCGCCUAUCUCAUCCUUCUCCUCAUCCGCACCUCCGACGCCUCUGAAGCUUACACUGCACCUCGCUUCACCGCCAAACGAUCGCUUGCUCAUGACCUCCAAUGUCGAGGCAUGUAAGCAAGCUUUCAUGGGCCAAUUGAAGGAAGCAGACUUCAUUCGAUGGGGCAAUACCAAGCGCAUGACCGGUCUGCGCAAACAAGAACAAGACGCUAUCUGGGAAGGCAUUAAAGAGCACAACUUUGACGACUACUGGCGGGUCGCCUCCAAGAUUACGCCGACCACAGCUCCUACUCGACCGCUUUCUCCUCCGCCUUCCAGUUCGGCCAGCGCCAGUGCUCACGUAAGACCGCCAUCUGCUGACCCAGGGUCAUCGUUACCCGAUCGUGACGGCGCAUACAGUGUUCGGAGCAUACCUGUGCGUAUGUACCUGCCGGACGGUCCAGUCAUACAAGAGUUGGUCCCGCCAUUGCUAGAGAAUGGAACUGCGCAUACACUGUCAGCGUUUUUAUCCUCCCAUUUACCUUUAUUAUUCCCCGCCACACGAGACCGCCCACUCGCGUAUGCGCUAGUGCAAGGCGUACGGUGCCCUCCAGAAGCCGAGAUGGGCUGGUUAGGAGCAUGUAUGGCGGGCGCAGAUGGAUGGGUGUGCGUCUGCGUUGGAAUCGAGAGGGGAUAACCGGUGGUCUAGGCUGAAACCCUUUGUGGCGGCUUGGAAACCCAUUGUGGCGGCUUGGAAACCCAUGAACGUUCUACGGUGCUGGUGGUGUGCCGCUGCGACCAUGCUGAUGUCUUUGCGGCGGCGACGAUUGCAUGGGCAUAUCGGGGUUUUGUCCGAGACGGAUACAGGCGGUGAGAUACCACCUCUAUACUCAGCUAUCAUGCCCCGGCGGAAACCGACAUGUAUACCUCAUCAUUAUGGUACCUCUGCUCAUCGUGCAGACUGAAG